AUGUCUACAAAAAGCGAUAUUGUAUUUUGUAUUGAGCACACAUCAUCAAUAAUGUCGUAUUUCAAUCAAAUUCGUACAACGGUUUUAGGUAUUUGUGUGAGGGCAUUAGCAACUCAAAGUGAUGUUCGCAUAGGUAUUAUUAAAUUUCGAUCACGUCAUGAUGCAUGGACAACGCAAGUCUAUGGAUUUACUCAAAACAUAGAUACAAUUCAACAAAUGCUCUCUAAUGAUCAGCUAGGUGGUGGCAGUCCAGAUGAAUAUGAAGCUGUGGGUGAUGCGUUGCAUGAAGCUUUCAACAUGGAAUGGCGUGCUAAUAAUAAUGAUCAGACAUUCAACGAAAAACUUGUUAUUUUAAUUACUGAUGGUGCUCCGAAUGGUCUUUUUACAACGUUAAAUGGUGCAGAUCCUUGGAUACUCUCGAAGAAAUUUAAAGAAAAUAACAUAACUUUAGUCGUUGUUGGUGUUUCAGAAAGUAUCAAUGAAUGUGAUGAUUUUUAUUGCGCAUUAGCUCAGAACACCGGUGGUCAAUACAUUCCAUUAGUCAAUGCUGAACGUAUUAUUCAAAAUAUUAUUUAUUGGAUGAUGAAUGAAGAAACAACAUAUAAUCAAUGUUUUCGUCAUAUUAUGAUGAAAGAAAUUGAAAAAAAUUCUUCGUUCAGAUAUUUAUACGUUGCAGAUCGUGUCAAUGGUAUGAUCAAUGAAUGUCAUACAAUAAAUGAUAUUCGAAAAAUAUUUUUUAAUCAUCGUGUAUCCACUGGUUAA